UUUUGUAAUCUUGUGUAUUCAAAUUAGUCUUGCUGCUUCCUUUCUGCACUGCCACAGUUCAAUACCCAUUCAUGAUUCCCCUUAAACUUGAUGAAACCAAUCAAAUCUUAGUAUUCUUAGAUUGUUUGUUUUGUGUUCAGGCUAUGGAGAAAGUUACUCUAAAUUUGGGACGUGUGAGUUCAGUAUUUUGAACUCAAGUCAGAUACUGAGGACUGCCAUCUAAAUUGUAUUUUGCUCCUCUAAAUUUUACCACCCCCACCCCUGUUUUCUUUCAUUCCGAACUCUUUGGAAAAAAUUUUAUGUACAGUCGAACCUGCCUGAACGGAAACCUGUAUAAAACGGAAUCCUGUCUUAACGGAAUCUCCCCGCUUCCCCCUUGAAAUAUAUUAUAUAUAUCCCUUUUUAAUUACCUUAUGAAACGGGGGAUCCCAUCCAACGCGGAAACGGAGAGAAAAAUCCGCUAUCUUCUGAGGGUUUUACCUGUCUGAGACGGAAAAUGUUUUGCCCGUUCAGUCCUGGUUUGAAACAAAACUUGCAAGUUUGGUUCCGUCCACCGGCUCAAAACUUAACGCUAUGCUGCCGGGCGAGGAAGAGGAGUAGGUGAGCAAUUUGAGGGUAGAUCCUAUGUUACCCCAUCUAUGAGAGCCCUGAGAGACGAAGAUGGUCAGUGUGGUGUGGGUGGGAAACCUCAUGAGAUGCCAGUGAAAUUGCUUGAGUGGCGCUCCAGCACGGAAACUUUCACUGGUAGCCAGAGAUGUGAAAUUAGUUUGACCAAUGCCUGCUGCCUUGAUCGUACAGCCAGGUGAGAAAAGAGUUCCUUAAAUCAUUGUUACAAAUGGCAGUGAAGGGUGGCAUUGGUUGACUGUACUUAUUACAUCGAUGGUUGAGGCUAAGGGAGGAAGCAAAGGAGAUGUUCAAACAAUGUUUCUCUGUUUUUAAUAUAUGCCAAACAGUGGUCCUAUAAAAUGCAAGCACUGGUGGUAAUUGGAUAAAUAAGACUGACGCCUGUCAUUAUCAGAGAGGAUAGCAUCUCAGAGGUGUGACGUUUUGACCACUUGUGAUUGCUUGCAGACCGGACAAGCGACCCUUUGAUCCCACCGACUGGGCCUUUGAACCCACCCCCUUUUCCAUCUCCCACGAAAUUCCCCUGUCUAAGACGGAAUUUUUUUCUGGCUUCCUUGCAGUUCCGUCUUAAACUGGUUCGACUGUAUUAUAAUGUAUGUACACACACGUGUUGUAAAAGUAUAAAAUAUAUCAUGUAUGAAGGUUCACAAAAAAAAGCAUACAGACGUUCAGGCAGAAGACAAACAGACAAAAGUAAGGGGAGCAAAUGAUUGAUUAAAGAGCAAUAAUACAGUCAGUCAAACCAGUGUGUAAGACGGCCACGCAUUGUCGAGGAGAAAAGUGGAAGUAUAAAAAAGGUGGCCAUCAUACGCAGGACUGAUCAAAAUGAAGAAGAAAUCAUUUACUUCUGAGGUCUGAACUGGAGGUGGUUACAGGCUGAGGACUGCUGCCGGGCUCAUUAAAAUGUUUUGUUGAGGUUUCUUUUGAAAGGCAGGAGAGGAUAUGGGAUGGUUUUUGUGGGUAGUUUUAUUAUUUCUUAAAAUUAUGGUUCCGUUAAAGGUCAAAAAUAAAACACAAUGUGUCAGAGGAAGAAGAUCAAGUGCCAUAGCAAAACAAACAAAUGGGUUGCCACCCCUCAGUGAACGAGCAACACUACUACUAUCGUGAGUUUGUGUUGCCUUCCAUUGUUAUGGACUGGGUUGACGGACUGAGUUGUGGGUGGGGCUUAUAAGUUUUAUGACGGAACAUAUAUGCUUCCCUUACCGGCAGCUAAAAUUUAUUAGUCAACUUGGGUAAACAUUGGAUCGACCUGAGCAACAUGACAGAUUCAUCCUUUGAAGAGAUAGACAACGACUGGUGAAUGAAUUAUGACGGCUUGUCCGCGGCAUCAGGGAAAAAUGCAUAAUUUUUUAUAAAGCCUGGUCGUCUAAGGCAGGAAAAUUUGGCCGUGGUUUGAUAAAAUAGGGUGGCCGCGGACACGUUGGACAGAUGCCCUUGUUACACAGUUAAAUUAUAUAGAAAUAAACACAAGUGGAUAGAAAGUGGCCGUUUGUACAGGUGGCCAUAUGGCAGGUUCGACUGUAUAUAUAUAUAAUAUAUAUAUUGAAGGGAGGAUUCAUAAUCAUAAGAGAUUACAGAAUAAUCAUGGUAGGGAAGAAAAUGAAAAGGAGAGUGUGUGAAAACGAAACUCCCGACAUGCAUGCUUAAAUUACAAAGCAUUCUUUUUUGCCAUCACAUAUUCUCUGUGUAUAAUAAAUGUGUGUAUGUGUAUUCGUAUCAUGUGUGUGACUUUCUUUUGUAUGUGAAUGGGAAGUCAAGUACAGACAUAGAGAGAUCUGCUUUAGCUUAUAAAUCAACAUAAUGCAUACUUAUGUCAAAUAUUUGAUAUUUGCCACAUUUUGAAAAUUAGACUUUUUAAAAUAACUAAUCUUAAUCUUUUUAGCUUUGCUAAAUCUGAACUGAGAAUUGAGCAACCCAUAAUAUAAUUAUUAAUAAUAAUACAACAAUGCAGAAGCAGAGAAAAGGGAAUAUUAAUAAUGGACAACAAAAGUAUAUUAAAAUUAUCAAGAUGAUUUGAAUAAUGCAGAAAUUAAAAAAUACAAUACAUGUACAGCAACAAAUAAAAACAAGAAAAACUAGAAAAUAUUUGUUUUGACUUUAAAAGGUCCCCACUGGGUAAAAAAAGAAAGUACCUACCCAAGAAAUUUCCUUAGUACUCAAAGGCUUUGCACUUGAACAAGUACAUAUAUAUGAUUAUUUUAAAAGUACUGGAGAACUCGCUGAGGCUAAACACUUUCUAAUUAAUUUCAAGUUACUGACAACAGGCAGUAGCAUUAUUUUUAACCCAUUGAAAGGAACUGAUUUUGAAAGAUCCACUAGUCUGUAGUCCUGAGUUAUAAUAAUAAUAAUAGGAUUAUAAUUUUAUAAUGUGCAUUAUAUCAUAUUAUGUUUUGUCCCACACACCCCACAUCCUUCACCACUUGGGCUAUUGCUGGCAUUGCUUGGCUAAACUGUGGUGCUGGUCAGAAUUAUAUAGUCUAUCCCUUUUAUCAUCUUCUCCAAAUGUAAUCUGGCAUUCGGGGUGCUGAGCAUGUUCUUUUUCACCUUCUUUGUUAUCACUUAAUUAAGGGGUAAUAUCGUAUAACUUGCUCUUAGCUGAGAUUAAUUACCUUUUAUAUAUAUAUGAGAGCCUUAGGACUAGGACACUUAACCUUUUCACUGUGUAUUUGCUUUUGAAAAGGUUCUUCGUAGUACCAUCAUUUUUGACUAAUGCCACUCAAGAAGCCUGUUUUUUUCCUCAUGUAAAUGAUAAUGAUUGGUUUGAAGUGUCAGUUGUCAGUAAAGUGUUUGGUAUAAUAUAAAUUAUAUGGACUUGUCAAUUAUCAGUGUGUAAGAAAUGGGUCUAAUGAGGCAGUGCAAGAGGUCAAAGUUUUUCGACCCGCAUGAAAUACCCGAGAGUAUCGAAGUGCUGGAACAAAGUUUUUCCCCCCAGUAUUGAUGUUAAAAUCUUCAAGCUAUCUUGAUUACUUUGUUAGAAUGUUGGGACCUACAUGAUUUUUAAUACUACUUUCAUGGAGACAGUAGGCAGAGGUGUGUGAAAUGUGAAUAGUGUCAUUGGGUGCAUGACCUUCCAUUCUUGGGCUUCUUCAUUUCUAUGUGCUGUGUUGUAUGUGCCUUAAAAUCUUUACUAAAAUAAAAUAAACUGAGAGUUUCUUAUGCCUAUGCAGCUUAUCUUUCAGAGUUAAGGGUGGUGAUGAGUCACCUGGGUGUUCUAAUGUAGUGCCCUUUUGCUUGUCUCUAUGAUGACUGUUUUACAAAAAGAAAGUAUUGAAAUAUUAACUGCAUCAAUUCGGGGGGUUGGGGGGGGGGUAACGUUUACUGAAUUUGUGACGUAAGCAAAACCAACCUUUGGAGGGAGAAAUGUAUUGCACCCGGCAGCGCAAUGACUGCCGUGUAUAUUGCUCCUGAAGUGACAUGGGGACACUUUUUUCUUUUAGUUUGUAAGGAUGUUAUUGGACAAAAAAAAUUCUCUUAUCUUAUAUUUAUAGUCUUUUUUCUUUUUAAUUGUCUGAAAAUUGUUACAGGUGUUGUAGUUUUUAAUCUCUGGCUGAGGUAUCAUGCAUCCUGAAGCUGUUGGCAUAUGCUAGGCCCUAUGAGGGGUUAUUCUGCAAAGAAUGCCUGUGAUAAAAUGAGUGUACACCCUACCCCAGGAGCCCCACCACCCCCUUACCCAGGGGACAGCGCCUACCCCCCAGCUCCACCGGCUGGCUACUAUGGCGGCCCACCACCCCAAGCCUACGGUGGGCCAGCACAGCCGGGGUACGGCCCCCCACCGCCCCCAGCUGGGUACGGGCCACCACCACCCCAAGGCUACGGACCACCCCCACCCCAGGGGUACGGGCCUCCCCCACCUCAAGGAUACGGCUAUGGGUACGGUCAGGGUCAGGCAGCCCCGUACCCUCAGCAACCGUACCCUCAGCAACCUUAUCAGGGAGGACCGUACCAGCAGCAACCGGCACAACAAGUAGUGUAUGUGGAUGACAGGCGUAAGAACAAUGACCGGGACAAUUCGGCAGAAACCUGUUGCAUCAUCGGCCUGUGCAGUGCCCUGCUCUGUUGCUGUCUUAUGGACUGAUCUAUCUAAGAUGAGGCCUGAUCUGACCGACAUUCCACAGUGCACUUUAAAAAUAUAUACAUCUAAAUUAUACUUUCUUUUUCUUUUUAGUGUCUAUACUAUUCUGACAAAAUUAUUUUUCUUUAUGCGUAUAUAAUAUAUAUAUAUAUAUAAUAUAUAUAUUUCUAACAUAUCUUUUCUCUUAGAAUCAAAGUAGUAUUUGAUAAACUUACCUUUUCUUGUAUAAUGUUGACAGUUAUGAAGAGCAUUUUAUUUUUGUCUUGUUUGUUAACUUAGCUAUGCUUUGAAAUCGCCAUCCUUAUUUGAUUAUUCACAAGUCUGUAUGAAGCAAUAGCAAACUUGCGUCUGAUCACAUAAAAGAUGAUUUCACCACAGCAUUUAAGAAUGAAUUUACAAAGGUAUGUCAAAAUAGUGCAUGUUGAUUUAAAAUAAUGGCAAAAAUCUUUGAUUUGGGAACUGAUUAAUCACAGGUGUGCUAGAAUGGCAGUCUCCAGCAUUGAAAUGUAUUAUCUGAUUUUUGUCAUCUUUGUCAACCUAUUAUUUGUUUCUGUACUUUUACUGAGAAAAUUGUAUGUCCUCCUUGCAUUAUGUGUCAUUUGAAAAUAUUUUUAAAAUUUGUUCUUGUCAAAUGAGGCCUAGACGUAACACAAAUUGGGAGCAUGGGGAUGUCAAAUUUCAGUUAGAUAUUAAAUUUACUUACCUUUGAAAAAUAUUGAAUAUGAUCUUUUCUCUCUUAACGCAUACUCUGCAAAAUUGGGCGGCAGCUCAUCUUGUGACUUUUCUUUCCCUCUGUGUUUUUUUGGUGUGUUUGUUUUACUUUGCACUAAAUGGCCUUAAUUGUGUCAAUGUGCUUGUCUUUACUCAAGGAAUAUUGGGGUCUUCCCUGAAAUGUUUCCCCAGCUGCUAAUUUCCUGUUUCUUUUCAGCUCUAGUGACUUGAGCUCUUGUUCCAAUUUUGUAAAAGAUUUCUUUUUGUGUUCAGGAUGUGAACUUAAUUCACUGCAAGGAUCUAAUUACAAGAAUAAUUUGGGAUGUUAUCUACUAGAAACAUGUAAGAUAUUCACUUUUUAUCUCACUUGUAGUCACAGCACAUUGAGCUGCAUUUUUCAUGAAAGAUACAAUAAAAGCUGUGGAAAUCCAAGAUGAAAAAGUAAUUGAUGGGUUGUUACUAUACUGGCAAGUUUUCCGUCACUAAUUCUUCAUCUUUGUUAGUUUUUAUAAGAUAUCUGUACUGUCACUGCAGAGAAAAUGGUUGCGCAGAUUUUCUAUCAUUGUACACUCAGUUUCUCUUGUCACACCUUCACCUUUCUUACUGCAAAUGUUAGCUCAUUAAAUGUUGAGCACAAUGCCAUAGUUUCUCUUGGCCAAAAUAUUUAUUCCCUUAUCCAGUUUAAGGAUGGCAGGAAUAACUAUAAAGCAAUUACUUUCCUUUGAAAUUUUCUUUAAAUUGAAAACUUGUCUGUGACUUGUUUACUUGGACUAAGACUUGACAAUAUGAAAUAUCUAUUGAAGGUGCUUUACAGACUGUAUUGUUUUGUCCUGUUGUUUCUUGGAAAAUCUGCUGCAGUUACAUGUGUGACAAAAUAUAACAGACCACCAUAAUCAAUAAUUGGAUACUUUACAAACAAUUGAAGUUUCAGUCCAUCUUUUCAAUGCUCAAGAGAAUAAAUAAUUGGUCUAGUAGCUUGUUUGUCGCCCUUGCUUAUCUUUGUUUAUGGUUAACUUGAAGUCUUAUCUCAAGUGGAGGAAGAAAUGAGAACCUAAACUUUGUUCAAAUUCUCGCAUAAAAGUCUUAGCUAUUUCAGGCACCUUAAUUUUACUGGAUUAUCUUCAAUUCAUGUCUGUCAUUGAGAAAUUUAUAUUGAUAAUGGUACAGAUCCUGUAAACUUUAAAUCAGAAUCUGACAUAUUAAAAUAUUUAUACUGGAUACCCCUAGAUUGGCUGUGGGUAUGUACCUGUGUGUAUGAGCUCAUGUAUAAAUGUAUGCAUCAAUGGGUUUGUGUUUUUAGGGGAGGAGAGAGGUUCACAGGUAAUGUACUGAUUAAAAAAGACUGAAUUUUGACUGUUGGGAAUGUCAGUGAGUUGGUUGCUUUAUUGCACCUUUUUGAAUGUAUUUUCUGAGGAUGAAACUGUCAUGCAUGUUAUUUUAUUUCAAUUUAUAUUGCUGAUUUGGUGCACAUAUUUAUGUAUAUAUUUUAUCAGUAUAUAUGUAUGUUUUCCGUAUGUUUAUGCCCAUAAAUAUCGACAUGCUUGCAAUUGCAAGGGGGGAAGGGCAUUGAUCUGCAAAUACGCAGGCAUUUAUCAGAUGUUUCAUUUAUGUCACAAAAACAAUUUAUUGGAUUUUUGGUACAGUAUCAAGCAGAGGGUAUAGUUUUAAGAGUCAGAGCAAUUGUAAAAAAACAAAAAAAGACCCCUAACAUACAAAAAACAAAAUUUUUACUGAUCUUUCAUUUUCAGUACCAGGGAAUAGAAUAUUUUUCAAUGGGUGAAAGAGUUCAGGGCUUGUUUGUUUUUGUUUUUGAUCGAAGACCAUGUGGACUUUACAUUUGAGAUUUUUAUGCAA